UUUUUGCACUGGAAGAGAAGACCAUUGUCAGUAAGCUUGGAGACAAUGCUACACUGAGUUGCAUUUAUCGAGGAAGAGAAUUGCACUUAAAAAAUCUACGGGUAUAUUGGCAAAUAGCUGAUGAUCAAGAAGAGUGUUCAGUUGUACAUGCACUGAUCUCUGGUCAAGACAAUGAAAGUGAACAGUGUAUUCACUUUAAAAACAGGACUCAGUUAUUCUGGGAUAGACUGGAAAAUGGUGAUUUUUCUCUGCUACUACUAAACGUCAGCCAGAGUGAUGAACGUACGUACAAAUGUGUAGUACUGCAGAAAACAGAAUACACCAGAGUGAUUCACCAGGCAGAAGUGGUUCUCAGUUUAGCAGCUAGUUAUAGCCAACCAAUACUCAGUGGACCGAUAAGAAACAGUGACAGCACCGGAGAGGAGAUGACUUUCAGCUGCAGGUCGGGCAAUGGAUACCCAGAGCCCAAUGUUUACUGGAUAAAUAAAACGGACAACAGCCACCUGCCUCCAUCAGAGCUAAAGAUCACACCCCACGCCGAUGGCACUUACAGCGUUUUUAGCACGCUGAAGGUUAAAGCUACUUCGAACAUGCAAAUAGAGUGCUCCAUAGAAAAUAAAAUACUGCGGGAAAACCUGUCAGCCAACUACACACAGCAGAAGCAAAGCAAUGGUUCUAGCACAGAAAGUCACAAAAAUCUGGAAAAAAAUGGACGAGGUGCUCAAGCAGCUGGCAUCGUUUCCCUUGUCAUUCUGAUAGGUCUUCUAGCUGUUUUAACCUGCUGGCUGUGGAGACGGAGGUCCUCUAACCUAGCAUCCUACACAGAUGUCCAACUAAACGAAGACAAAGGAGGACUCAACUGUCAACCAGACACAACGUGCCAUGCAUUUGUUGGAGAAACUGUUGUUUUGCCUUGCACCACCACCUCUCCUGGAGAGCAGAUCCUUUCCAAUUCAAUGCUCUACUGGCAGAUAGACUCUGUCGUAGUGCACUUCUUUCACAACGGGCAGGAUUCGCUGGCGACCCAAGACAAACGUUACCAUGGCAGAACUAGGCUUUUUUUGGACCAGAUGAAGCAUGGCAACUUUUCCUUAAAGCUCUCCAAUGUCCAACUACUGGACACAGCUGUAUAUACUUGCAUCUACAAACAGACUGGAGACCAUCCCAACAAAACACAGAAAUCUAAAAUUAAACUCAUUGUAUCAGAAUUUGAUGCACAAGCAAAAAAGUUUCAGAAUAUGUCCAAAAUCCACUUUAUGAACCAGGCCUGCUACCACGAUGACUUGAUCUCUGUGUAUGAUUUCUCUGUACCCACACCGGAGUUUCUGAUCUGCACAAGAGAUCUCUAUGAAAUCCUCCAAGAAAACAGUGCCAUCUUUGAAGUACAAAUUCAGAUCUUCUAA